CCCCCGGGCUUCGCCUCUGCAGCCUCGGUGGACCGACUGCUGGAGGCCGGCGUCAGGGGGCGCCAAGGAGCCGGGGGGGACCCGGGCUCCCGCCUCCCUGCGCCCGCCCGGAGGCUGGGGCUCAAAGGAUGCAGCAGGGAGAAGCAUUAGCUGCUUGCAGAAGAGCAGCACCUACAUGGGAGUCUCUGCCUUCGACGGUUUCCGAAAGCUUUCGCUGACUACCUGAGAAGAUGCAGAAGAUCUUGCAGACAGGUGAAAUUACCGAUAACCAAGUUCUUAGGAAAAGAAAGAGGAAACGGACAGAGACAGCGAACACGGAGAAUACAAACAGCGCCACGGAUAAAGCACAGAGAGACCCGUAUUCAGGAAAUGCCUUCCUGCCUGGCGAGACCUCCAGUGAUGAUGAAACCCCCUUAGCAGAACUGUCCAAGGAGGAACUUUGUACCAAAAUCAGAAACCUGAAGGAGAAACUAACGAACAUUCGGAAGGAAAACAGUCGGCUCCGACAGUCUUUGGUCAUGCUACAAGUGUUACCACAGGCAGUCACCCAGUUUGAAGAACUGGUUGCAAUGGCAGAGACCCUGCUAAAGGGUGGAGGAGUGGCGUCCACACCUGCAUCUACUCUCUGGAGAUCAACCAACAACUCCUCCCCAGACUCUUUUGCCUCUCUGUGCAGUAAUUCCAACUCUAGUUCCAGCUCCCCAAGUUCCCUGAAGGCCGAGGAGGAGCAGCCUCCUGGUGAGAAGCAGUUCAAGAUUGAAAACUGGCAGAUUGCACGUUGUAAUAAGAGCAAGCCUCAGAAAUUUAUUAAUGAUUUAAUGCAAGUUCUUUACACAACUGAGUACAUGGCCACACACAGUCUGACUGGGGCAAAAUCCUCUACUUCAAGAGACAAAGUUGUAAAACCAGCUAUGAAUCAGAAUGAAGUUCAAGAAAUCAUAGGAAUAACGAAGCAGGUGUUUCCCAGUGCAGAUGACAUUUCCAUCAGAAGGAUGAUAGGACAGAAACUGAAUAACUGCACCAAGAAGCCGAAUGUGAGCAAAACUCUUAACUCUCAGGAUAUUAAGUAGACCCUAAUGGUAUCUUAAAAUAAAGCAUGUUUGGUUUUAUGUCAACCAUUGGAUUUUGCUGGAGAAUCUGAGGCACAUCAGAGACCGGCUGUGUGGCGUCUGUAGAACCCAUGGCCUUCCUGGUGGAGCAAAAGACUGGCUGAAGAAGCUGCAUGCAGAGUCCAUACUAAUUGCUAGCGAUGCAUCAACCCAGAGAAUGUCUGUCAAAUACGCAUGCGAUAUGGUUUCCUUGGAAAUACGCAUUUCUCACAGCCCCAGAUACUUCCCCGUACAACUACUUUAAGAUAAUAUAAGCUCUUAUCACAGCAACAAAAGCAUCUGCCCUCCAGAUCAGUCAACGUCCUCCACAGACUGUGUGCAUUAUUGCCAUCGGUGAUUCCCCAUGAUGCCGUUUGUUUGCUUUUUGAAUGUAGCAAGUGCGUUGAGUGGAAAAUACAAUUGAAAUAAUACGUUUACAGAUACAAAAGGAGCAAAGUGAGCCUAAGUGAUGAUAACCGCAUCUAACCAAGUGGUGAUGCUAUAACAUUAAGGUAAAUAGGAUUAUGGGGGAAAAAAAACAAAAACGUAAAAAUCUUUUCAAUAUUAAGUUGUCCGAACACAAUCCUAAAAGCCCCAAAUCCCUUUUUUGUUUGUUAAAAUGAUGCAGCAAAUCUUAUAAUAGACUCUUAGUCUGUGAAGCAGACAUACCUCCCAAUAUUCAUUGUCCAAAGUGUACUAGUUACGGAUUAUAAUGUUCAACAACAAUAUUACCUGAAGUACACUUAGGGCAUAACAUCGUGGUUGACCAGCUGUGAUGCUAAACUGCUUAAUUUUAACAUGUUUAUUUCCACUCUAACAGAAGGGAAGUGACUUGGGAAAAAAAUACUGCUUUAAUAAUGGCACAGGAAAAAAUGUCAUUUUGUGAAUCAACAAAAGAUAAAAUAUUCUUCAGAGACUUUUCACUUGAUGGCAGAUCACCUGACUACUUUGCAAUAUAAAACUACAUUUUUUCCUUUCUUCCUUUCUUCCUUCCUCCUUCCCUCCCUCCCUCCCACCUUCCCUCCCUC